AUGUAUGAAAAGCUAUAUAAUACGUAUAUUGCACAGAAACCGCCAAACAAUCAGAAAUUUGCGACGAAAAAGUUUUUUGUCGACAUUUCAAAAACACUAUACAAUGUUAUAUUCGUUGUCGUCCAAACCAGUUAUGAAAAAAGAAGACGCGAGAGAAUAAAUAACAGUUUGAACGAACUGAAAAAUUUGCUUUUAGAAUCAAGGAAAAGAGAUACGGCUUGCUGCUCAAAGUUAGAAAAAGCUGACAUACUAGAAAUGACCGUGCAGUAUUUAAAAUCCAUCCGAAUGCAACAAGUAAAAGCAAUCAACCAUAACAGAUCCUGUUGCUUUGGCUCAUUACAGAGCAGGUUUCAAUCACAGCGCUAUGGAAAUCAACAAAUAUCUUAUGGAUACACCUGAUUUACAACUUAAAGUCCGUAAUAGACUUCUUACACAUCUCUCAAACACUUGUCAUGCUGUAUUCAGUAACCAUCAAACCAUUCAACACACAAAACAAUACAAUCUACCAAUGUACCAAUUGCCUGCAACAGUUAUCACUAAUGAACCUUCGUCUUCAAAAGAAAUAUUUUUCAAUUCAUCAACA